AUUCCACGCCUUUUACACGUAAGAUGGAGUAUCAGAAUAUGCAUCAUCAAUCAAGGAGAAAGUUGCGCAACCGAACACUUAAGCACAUGCAGAAUGGCACAACGAAGAGGGCUGAGAGGAAACUUUACCCCCAUCCUCCAAUAGUCAGAGUAGAUCCGAAACCACCCUGAGGGAAAAUUGCCAAUGCGGCUGUGCUCAGUAGGAAUAGCGUACUUCCACGACGGAUGGUGUACUCGACUCUGUCACUUCUCGCCUCCCAAGAUUGAAUCUGGACACCUCACAAGCAUAUCACUAGGGGUGCCUCCCGCAUCGAACAUUUCCCAAUCGAGGAUGGUGUACUCGGCCCCGAGACCCGCCAUACCCAGUUGGCUCAUUGCUUCCGACACGCCAACGAUUUCAAGGAGCGAGUCGGAAUCCGUCUCCAAAACUUUGACCGACAUGAUGCCAAUAGUUCCAGAGUCGCUCGCACCAACACGACGGAACAAACACACCGCCAAAAUCGCCGCCAUGAGGGCGUUGCUCCUCUACCUCGGAGGAACUAUGAACGAGAUCCUUGCAGCAACGUCAUACGACGACGUUGCAGGGUACCCUCCGGUACAAACUACGGCGGUGUAUUCACUACCGGACCUCGCCAUCUCUAGAGAUGGAUCAUAUGAAACAAGGAAGAAAUAAAAAGAUUACCUUCUCCGUCGAAGACAACCUCUAUCUUGGAACCAUAACAACCAGCGGCCAUUGAAUCGUGCAGAUUGACGACAAAGGUAGAGAGAAUGGAGGUCGUGAACAGAUGAUGAAUCAUAAGAAGAAGAAGCUUUCCCAUACGAGUAUCAGAGAGUGAUGGUAGAAAUAAGAAAGGGAUGGGGGAAUAACUCUUUUAUACACUGACAAAGAAGGUGAACCGACAAAGGGGAACAUCGGAAAGAGCGCUACCAUCAAAUCACGAAAUUCUAAAUUUGCAAAUCAAACUAGCCGCCGAAACGAGUGAACACAAGUAGCCACAUCACCAAGGUAGACAAACCAGCACAAGGAGGAUAGGCGGCAUCGUGGACCCAGUCUGCACACCGCCUCGGUGGCAACAGGGAUCAAUACCUUGACGUCCAGUAACCGCGGCAGGAAAAAAAACGCACAUUUAUGUCACACCACCCACACCCGCGGAACUAGCAUCUAGAAGCGCAACAAAAGUUAAGAAGGGAAAAGGAAAUUGUCCUAUCUACAAAUGCCCAACCGAGUCUACAACGGAAAGGACCACACCGCGCUUGACUAGUCCGUGGAAACGUGAAUGGAACAUUCGCGGAUGGUAAUGUUGCCAUCGUUCUCUAAAAACGGAAGGCACUUAUUGUUUGGCUUAGUGUUCGUAUCAAACUCUAAAAAUAGGUUUUUUUGCAAUUGAAUCUUUUUUUACCUCAAAGGGAGUGCAGCCAGCCUAUCCAUCAUAACAUAAUAUAGGAAAGUACGCCCUAUCCCCUGUAAACUCUGAACGAAUGCUUAGUUAGCCGUGAACUCUUGUUGCUUGUAGGCAGGUAGCUCCAUGUAAGGUUAGCUCGAAAGCGAGUUCUUACUCUUUGAUCUUAGGGGAAGAAAGCUGUGAUUACUGGGGGUGAGGUUGACCUUCUUAAAGACCGAUCCCCUUAGAGUUGGUAGCUUCUAGCAGCAGUGGGAUCAGUGUGAGACAAGAUGUCAAGCCAUCGGGAUGACCGGUUGUAUUACGCAUCAAGGUAUGGCUUUCUCUUGUUCUCUUGUUCUUACUGUGAGAUCUUUCUUUUUAUUUCUUAGCCAGAUGAAGAAUAGAUAUAAUAUUCGUCUUUAUUGUAUUUGCGGAAGUGAGGUGAGCCCCUUGUUUUGUCUGUCAUUUGAGUCGAGAAACUCAAGUUGUUGGCAUUUUUAUAUUUUCAAUUUUUACCUUUUGAAUAUCCUAGCCCUUAUCUCUAAAAGGGCUUACUCCACUCUCUAUUUCAUAUCCUCCUCUGGUCACUGGUAUAGAUGAUGACCGGCUUUCCUCCCUUUUCACACUGAAAGGCACCUCUGUUAAGGGUGUACAUGGGUCGGGUGGUUCGGGUUUAACCAUUUUAAUCACCCGACCCAUGCACUACGGUUUGGAAAUUAUCAAAUCCAAAUCCACCCAAAAAAAUUAAAACCCUACGGUUUGUUUCUAAUUGGGUUGGGUCGGGUUGGCGAUAUUUUUAAGUAAAAACCCAACCCAACAUAAAAAUAUAUAAUUAUUAUACACCAUAAAAAUAUUUUAUAACUAAUUAAAAUUUCAAACGAAUAAACCGAGGUGAAAGCUAUCAAAAUUCAAAAAUGUUGUUUGAAUUUUAAUAAAAUGUGAUUUACUUC